AGUUUUUUGGACGAAAAUGAAAACGUGUCAAUUUGUCAAUCUCACGAGUCUGGAGCAAUACCAAAUUCAACUACAUAAGACAUUGGCUCGAAUUUAGUUUAUGCCUUCAGAUUUAGAGAAAACUAACAAAUUAAGAGAUAAUUGUUCACUUCUCAAACCAAAGGGCUGGUCUGUUUUGCAAGUGUUCCCGGAUGUCGCACGUCUGGGUUUAGAAACUCUCUGCGUAAAUGUUACAUUCUGGUGCAUACCGCUUUUUACUAGCUAGCUGACGAAGUUUUCAGAAAUAUUUCUCAAAAGAUAUGGGAAGUCUUUUUUUUGUCUCGAAUUUCAUUCAAACAUAAUGGAGGCCAAGGGAUUUGCAGUAGUCCACCACCAGUAAAGGUACAGCGUUAGCUAGCCUUUCAGGUUAGGUCAACUAACUAGCUAGCUAACGCAGCUGCAAACUGCACUAGCCUAACCUAGCUUGCUAGCUAGCGAAAGAACAGGUAACUAGGUAUAUAGCAAAUGUUAGCUGGAUCUCCAAAUACGAUGUACGCGUUUGCAGCCACUUAGCUAACUUAUAUUUGGCAAAUGAUAAUAGCUAGGUAUCAAGUUAGCUUGCUCACAUCAGUUUUAUGGUCCCUGUAUUCAUUGAUGCAAAAUGGAUGUUGUCGUUAAACUAGAGGAAGAUGAGAGGGAGCUAUCCCAAACAAUAAUUUGGUCUGAUUCGAUUAAUGCCUGGAUAGAUUACCCAAGUUCUCCAUUGUCGAGAAACACAGUAAUAGGUUCCCAUGUGGGUUUACUGAAAGAGCUUACAUAUGUACCUACCAUAAGUCCCCAAACAACAAGUCAAGGGCAGAUUUUACGUAUUUUUCCUGAAAAGACCGGAGCACGUGAUGGGGAGAACAGGGCUGUCAAAAUGGUUUAUUUCUGUAAAGACCAAGAUACCAUCAGCACAUCUGAAAGGCAUUUGAUCAAAGAGAAGUCAUGGUGUGCAACACUAUCCAGUGAUAUUCUCAAAUCAAGCUCAAAUCUCAAAGCUCAAAUCAACCCAACUUCACAGGAGUUUAGCCUAAACCAAAAACAGACCCCGACCAAUAAUGAAUUGCCUGUAGACAAUGUUAAUAUCCCAAGUCAUAGUACUGCCAUUCCUUCUGUACUAACCUCACCUGCAACAGAAAGCGGCUGUCAUUUAGCUGUAUCUACUAGGCUUAUUCUUCCAGAAUAUUGUGAGCCAGUGAACUUCACCUCUGAUGAAGACGAAGACUACAAUGUCACUUUAAGACAAAGACUACAGUGCAAAAAAAGGGUAGAUAAAUAUAUACAGCAGUGUCGUGGCUGUUACUCAAGACCUAACCUAAGAAAGUUUGGAAAAUGUUGGAAAGAUCCAUACGCCAAGUGCAAGGAAAUAGGAAUAGAUUUCCACGUUGGAUCUGGAGCGACGCAGAAACUUGAUUUGCAUUUAAUGACAAUUGGUGUCAUGAUUGAGGUGUCUGAAUAUGCUAAAGAGAUUAAUAGAGCUCACAAGCAUGUUAUCUUUGAUAUUCUAGAGUACAAUUUUGAUCUUGGUGUAGAAAAUGAAAAACGAUAUCACUUUUCAAACAAGAUAGAAAGAAAAAUAAAAGAAAUGCUGAAAAUGUACCCCAAGAGAACACCUGAUUGGUUAACAGAAGUGUUUGAACUUCCUGAUCCAAAGACAAUGAAAGUAUUGGAAUACUCUCUUAAAUGGGCACGGUCUCAUUUGCAUAACAGCGUGUCAGAAAAUCCGACACCUUUUGACAUCUGCAUAAAGGAGGAGCCUGUUGUGGACCUGAUAGCUCCUCUGCAUGUGACGACUGAGAGCUUCUCUACUGAGACAGAUGUAACACAAUGUGCUGAUGAGACCGCAAUCCUUGACCCUGAAAAUGGACCUAAUGAUAUCUGCACGAGGGAUGAGUCGGGGACCAUCACCACUCAGACAGACAUGACAAUGGAUCAAUCCUUCAUGAUGCCCACAGUAGAAGAAGCAUUGAGGGAACUCUACCCAAUCUGUAAGGAAAAAGGACUUGACCUUGAUGUGAAAUCAAAAUUUGGGAAAAUUGAGAAACUUGACUUGCAUCUAUUGACCAGAGACGUAAUGGUUGAAUUGGCUGAUUUUGCCUCAAAAGUGUGUGGAAAUUGGAAGCAGAUGGUCUGUGAUGUUGUUGAGUAUAAUUUUGAUCUGGAUUUACAAAGUGGGAAAACUGAGCAGGCUGAAGAUAUCAUGAAUAGGUUAAGAGCAGUUUUACAACGCAAGGCAGGUUUAAAUGGUCAAUGGAGAUUUGAACUUGAAAAGGAAGCAUUUUUCUUGAAAAAGUCACGCAAACGCAAGAAUCAUACAGAGAUGUCCAGUAACCAGGUAACUACAGCAUCAUUUGUGCCGAAAUAUCAAAUGAAAGAAGUGUCAAAUAGGAGGAGAUUGGAUUUAAUGAGAAAGAAAAAAGAAAUGGACACGUGCGUAACCAGGGAGACGGAGGGAGUCCAUUUUGAAGUCAGACCAGUAGAAUCUCAUUGUGUCAAGAAGCAGAGAAUCUCUGAAGAGACUGACCUUGCACUUUGUACUGAUGAAACAAAGCAAAUUGUUGUUACCAACUUGGACCAAUCAAAUGUGACGUCUAACACCAAAAAAGGGGUCAAAGAGCGCUACUCACUCUGUGAGGAAAUAGGUCUGGACCUUGAUGUUGCAUUCAAACCCUCUAAAAAGAAACUGGAAUUUCAGUUACUGACAAACGGUGUAAUAUUUGAGGUGUAUAAAUAUGCAAAAAGGGCAGCAGAGUCUAAGAAAGCAAAAGGAUGGGGGUAUAUUCUCUAUGAUAUUCUAGAAUACAAUUUUGAUCUUAGUUUGCAAAAUCAGAUACGCAAUCAAUUUCAAUUACGUAUUUCCCAUAAAGUGCGAAGAACGGUUCAGAAACACAAACAUGGGCAAAAACCGGAAAGCAAACAAAUCUCCAAAGAUUUGUUCAUAAUACCGAGUGUGAUUCAGAAAAGCAAAAAAAAAAGUGCUUUCAGAUUAUUUUCCCAAACAAAAUACGGAACAAGAUGCAAGACUGGUAACCUAUAUCCUCAUCAUGGUAAAGACACUAUCGCUAUGGAGACGGUUGAAAAAAAUCUACACUGAUGAGGCAGCACUGCUUGGCCGGGAUAAUGGACCAGCUGACAUCUGCAAUAAAGGAGGAGUCAGAUCUUCACUCUGAGGUCAAAGUGGUUUAUUUCUGUGAAGACCAAGAUACCGUCAGCACAUCUGAAGAACACUUGAUCAAAGAUGGAUCGACACCCAGUAAUAUUCAGCCAGAAAAUGUAUUCAGCCUCCCACAGUCACCACUACCAACUGCAGAAAGGGAUUCUUUUGAAAGUCAAGUCAACGCAACUUCACAGAUGUAACCAGAAGGUCACUACAGCUUCACUUGAGCCAAAAUACCAAAGACUGAAAGGAGAAACAGAAAAGAGGAGAUUUAAUGAGGAAGAAGAGUUAAGUUGACAUGUUUAUAGCCAAGAAGACCAAUGAAAUGUAAUUCUAUAAAGUCAGACAAGUAGAACCUCAUUGUGACGAGACAGAGAGCAUCUCUGAUGUUUCAUCCCAGUAGAACCUCAUUGUGACGAGACAGAGAGCAUCUCUGAUGUUUCAUCCCGGUAGAACCUCAUUGUGACGAGACAGAGAGCAUCUCUGAUGUUUCAUCCCAGUAGCACCUCAUUGUGACGAGACAGAGAGUAUCUCUGAUGUUUCAUCCCGGUAGAACCUCAUUGUGACGAGACAGAGAGCAUCUCUGAUGUUUCAUCCCAGUAGAACCUCAUUGUGACGAGACAGAGAGUAUCUCUGAUGUUUCAUCCCAGUAGCACCUCAUUGUGACGAGACAGAGAGUGUCUGAUGUUUCAUCCCAGUAGCACCUCAUUGUGACGAGACAGAGAGCGUCUCUGAUGUUUCAUCCCAGGAAAGGAAAAGCAGUUCCUUUACUUCAAGAAAAUUCUGACCAAGAUCUCAGGGGACAAAAAACAACAGAUGCAAGAUGGAAAUCUCAUCUCGGCCAGGAAAAAGAAUGGAAGAAAAAAACAAUGACCUUCUGACCUGGAAAAGGAGUCGGAGGACAGUGAAAAAGACAGUGUUGAAAUCAGAGCAGAAAGCAGAGAGAACAGAGUUUUGCCUAAAGGUAGAAGGGCUGUUGAGCAGGUGUGGUAGAGAGAAACACACUGAAGCAGUGGAGGAGCUGAAGUCUGGACAGGAUGUAGCCUAACUGUGGAAAAAUUACAAACUAGCUGAUGCACACAUUACAAAUGACAACAGUUGCAACAAGCUUACUCUGCAUCAAUUGGUCUAUUUGUGCUGCUUGGCCUCCUCGUCUCAGCUGUAGGGUGGAUAGCUCUCUCAAUGCUACAGUGAUCCAAAGGAAUGUGAACGGUUCCUAAUGGAAGACUCAUUUCCUGUCUCCCUGAAGUCAAUAGACUCACAUUCUAUUACUCACUGAGUCAACAAGCCUACCGGAUAUUCAACUCCUUCAUUGUAUUCAUUAGGGACAUUGUAGCACAACAUGCAAAUGGUGUACCAAUUAGUAGCCUAGUCUUUUUAGUAUUCAGGGAAAUAAUUGGAAACAUAUAUAUUGUUUGAUUGAUUUGGAUUAAGGGUUUAGUCUUUGAUUUGGAUUAAGGGUUUAGUCUUUGAUUUGGAUUAAGGGUUUAGUCUUUGAUUUGGAUUAAGGGUUUAGUCUUUGAUUUGGAUUAGUGGAUUGUGUGGAUUCCCUUGGCCUCCUGUUGGUUAUCUCUUGAUGUCUGGUCUUGCUGUAAAGAGACUGAAUACAGUAUGAUUAUUGCUAGACUUCAUUUGUCUUCACCGUUGAACGACGUAUCAAUUGACAAGUCAAACUCCACUACUUUUACAAGCCUCUAUAGAAGAACCUCUGAUCAUUUUUUGUUCGAUAUAAGAAAGCAAACAAGGAUAUAUAUUUUUUUUAAUUAAGACUUUUGCAUUGGUGAAAGAACCUACUAUGAUGGAGCAUGUUUUUCUUUUAGAAAAUAUAUUUGGAACUUUUUCGGGGGGGGGGUUUCUAGCGAGAUUAAGAAGACCGUACAUCAAGACUUGGUUUACUGCAACCAAUACUUCCUGUUUUGAACAUGAAGUUAUUCUACCAUCAACUGUGAAGUGGAAGUGUUUUGUUUGUUUUGAAGAGGACACUUCCGCUAACAUUCUUAGCUGUUUCUCUGACACCUGUGAGCCUCGGAUUAAAAGGUUAUGUGAUGUGUGUUUCCAGUCCUUAAAGCAGCGUGGUCUUAUCCCUUCUCUACUGUUUCAACUCGUCACAAAUGAAAACAUCUCAUCGCCAAAGUGGUGAAGAAGGAGGUCAUCUACAGUAUGACAGGAGCUGUGGCUUGUUCCUUCCAGAAGACUUGAGGAUGCAACUUCUCAGUCGUGAUGACGAGGUGGCCUCUGCUGGUGAUGACGAGGUGGCCUCUCUGCCGGUGACGACGAGGUGGCCUCUCUGCCGGUGACGACGAGGUGGCCUCUCUGCCGGUGACGACGAGGUGGCCUCUCUGCCGGUGACGACGAGGUGGCCUCUCUGCCGGUGACGACGAGGAGGCCUCUCUGCCGGUGACGACGAGGUGGCCUCUCUGCCGGUGACGACGAGGUGGCCUCUGCCGGUGACGACGAGGUGGCCACUGCCGGUGACGACGAGGUGGCCUCUCUGCCGGUGACGACGAGGUGGCCUCUCUGCCGGUGACGACGAGGUGGCCUCUCUGCCGGUGACGACGAGGUGGCAUCUCUGCCGGUGACGACGAGGUGGCAUCUCUGCCGGUGACGACGAGGUGGCAUCUCUACCGGUGAUGACAAGGUAGCCUCUCUGCCGGUGAUGACGAGGUGGCAUCUCUACCGGUGACGACGAGGUGGCCUCUCUGCCGGUGACGACGAGGUGGCCUCUCUGCCGGUGACGACGAGGUGGCCUCUCUGCCGGUGACGACGAGGUGGCCUCUCUGCCGGUGACGACGAGGAGGCCUCUCUGCCGGUGACGACGAGGUGGCCUCUCUGCCGGUGACGACGAGGUGGCCUCUGCCGGUGACGACGAGGUGGCCACUGCCGGUGACGACGAGGUGGCCUCUCUGCCGGUGACGACGAGGUGGCCUCUCUGCCGGUGACGACGAGGUGGCCUCUCUGCCGGUGACGACGAGGUGGCCUCUCUGCCGGUGACGACGAGGUGGCCUCUCUGCCGGUGACGACGAGGUGGCCUCUCUGCCGGUGACGACGAGGUGGCAUCUCUACCGGUGAUGACGAAGCCUCUCUGCCGGUGACGACGAGGUGGCAUCUCUACCGGUGACGACGAGGUGGCCUCUCUGCCGGUGAUGACGAGGUGGCCUCUCUGCCGGUGAUGACGAGGUGGCCUCUCUGCCGGUGAUGACGAGGUGGCCUCUCUGCCGGUGAUGACGAGGUGGCCUCUCUGCCGAUCCUCUAUUUCCAUACAAGAGGGACAAGAAGUCUGACUCCAUCCUCAACCUGUGGACCUGCUCUGAGGAUGUUGGACACCUUCAGCCACACUGAUUUCCUGUCAGACCGGUUGUCUUUGAACUCCAUGCCAUGUGACUGACUAACCUGAACAUUUACUACCACAGGAAUACAAUGUUCAUCAGACUCCCCACACGGUGGACAGACUACUCUCUAUCUGGUUGUGAGGUCACAGGAAAUAGACUGAUCUGUUCAUGAGGGACUGUAAGUUGUUGUAACAGAAUAAUACAGGCCAGCUCGUCUUCGUGUCUCUUCUGUUAGGCCUUCUGACACGUUGGUCUCUGUCAGUCUUUGUUCGGUGCUUCAGUUGUCAUCAUGGUGGAGGCAGAAUUCUAAUCCUGAUAGAUUAUAGUUGUAAAGACUUCAGGAUGUAGCCAGGACAUUGAUGUCCACUCUGUAGAUGACAUAAAAGUCCUGGGAGAGGGACCGCGCUUUCAGGAGAAGGAUAACAGGACCUUGUCCAGAGACAACCCCCAGCCCUUAACCUCCAAGGCACUUGUGUACAGGGAGUUUAAUACAUUAUUUGAUACAAUCAGGGAAUUUGACAUACAGUAUGGAUUACGUUUUGAAUAUUCAAUGAUCAUUAAAUGUAUUUUUGUAAUUUUUUUCCACA